CGUGGGAAGUUGUGUGAAAGUGUGUGCGCGUGUGUUUAUGUGUGUGUGUAGGGGGGGAACAAGCCUUUUGAUAUCCGCGGUAUCAACAGCCCCCCCCAAUUAGCCGACCCUCACACUCUGGGUUUGCGCUUCUCCCCCGCCGUCCUCUGGCUGUCAAUCGCUGCAGGAUUUGUUGGGAGUUCCCGGGGAGCGCCUCUCCUGCAUCUGUGAGGAUGUUGCUGUGCCUGCUCUUCCUCCUGCCUGCCCGCUCCUCGGCUCAGCGAUCAGAGCCCAUGUUCUCUGCUGUGACCAAGACCGCUCUCCGCCCGGACUAUGAGAACAACCCCAGCCAGCUCAACUAUGGCAUGGCUGUCACUGACGUGGAUGGGGACGGAGACCUGGAGAUAUUUGUCGCCGGAUACAAUGGCCCAAACCUCGUGCUGAAGUACGAUAAACAGAGGAAAAGGCUUGUCAACAUCGCCGUCGACGACCCGACUUCCCCGUUCUACGCCCUGAGGGACCGUCAAGGCAACGCCAUAGGAGUGACAGCGUGUGACAUAGAUGGAGAUGGACAGGAGGAGAUUUACGUCCUCAACACCAACAACGCCUUCUCUGGUCGAGCGACAUAUUCCGACAAGCUGUUCAAGUUUCGCAACGGACGCUUCGAGGACCUGCUGAACGACGACAUAAACGAGCACCGGGAUGUGGCCAACCCCAUGGCCGGGCGCUCCGUGGCCUGCAUCGACAGGAAGGGCACAGGCCGUUAUGCCAUCUACAUUGCCAACUAUGCCAGUGGAAAUGUGGGCCCCCACGCUCUGAUAGAGAUGGACGAGGCGGCCAGUGACCUCUCACAGGGAGUUGUUGCCCUCUCCAAUGUUGCAGAGCAAGCUGGAGUUAACAAACUGAUUGGGGGGAGAGGUGUCGUGGUGGGGCCCAUUGUUAGUCAAACUCUAUCUGAUAUCUUCUGUGACAAUGAGUAUGGAUCCAACUUCCUGUUCAGGAACAACGGUGAUGGAACUUUUACUGAUGUGGCGCAGCAGGCUGGUGUGGAGGACCCCAUGCAGCACGGCAGAGGGGUGGCCCUGGCAGACUUCAACCGUGACGGCAGGACGGACAUCGUCUAUGGGAACUGGAAUGGGCCUCAUCGCCUGUACAUACAGCUAAAUAAUCGCAAACAUAAAUUCAAGGACAUUGCCUCCCAGAAGUUUUCCAUGCCAUCCCCGGUUCGGACUGUUAUUGCUGCAGAUUUUGAUAAUGACAACGAGCUGGAGGUGUUUUUCAAUAACAUCGCCUACAGAGGACCCUCGGCCAACAGACUCUUUAGGGUGAGCAGAAGAGAACAUGCGGACCCCCAGAUAGAAGAGUUGAACAUUGGGGAAGCAGCAGAGCCUGAUGGACGAGGAACUGGAGCCAUAGCCACAGACUUUGACGGUGACGGCCGUCUGGAACUGGUGGUGUCGCACGGUGAAAGUGCAGCACAGCCGCUUUCUGUCUAUAAAGUCAACCAGGGCCUCACUAACUCAUGGCUGCGGGUGAUUCCCCGGACCAAGUUUGGAGCUUUUGCCAGAGGAGCUAAAGUGGUUGUCUACACAAAGAAGAGCGGCCCACACACACGGAUUAUUGACGGUGGCUCGGGGUACCUGUGUGAGAUGGAACCUGUGGCCCACUUUGGCCUUGGUAGGGACGUGGCCACGAACGUUGAAGUGUACUGGCCAGAUGGGCGCUCGAUAGCCCGUCCCCUGGAGCCUGCAGAGAUCAACUCAGUGCUGGAGAUCCCCUACCCAAAAGAUGAGGAGGAGGUCACUCCCACUGUGGAAAUAGAGUGUGGCCACGGGUUUGCUCUAAAUGAGUAUGGCCGUUGCACAGAUAAAGAUGAAUGCACCCAGUUCCCCUCUGUGUGCCCCUCUGACCGCCCCAUCUGUACUAAUACCUACGGCAGCUAUAAAUGUCGUGCCAAGAAAAGAUGCAACCAGGGCUUUGAGCCCAAUGACGACGGGUCUGCCUGUGUGGCCCAGGUGGCUUACUUUGGAAGGACACGCUCUUCUGGGGAAUGCAAUGCUUUCCAUAUGCUUGCUCUCACUCUGCUCCCCCUCAUCUCUACUCAUCUGCAGAUAGGACUGCUGUAGCUUUAAUUCUUUUUUUUCCUCCUCCUUACUGCUGAAUGGAGCUGUACAGAGACUGUGUGCAAACUUUCUCUCUGAGAAAUAGCCUCCUUCUUCUCCAUGAAUCUCUGCUGUCUUUUCUUCGCUGGUUGCUGUAUAUACAGACUUGCUUCGUUGUCACCGCUGCUGUGUUUCACCCCGCGGCUUCUGGCCUCCUCUGGGAGCUCCGUUGUGAGCUGCAGAGAUCAGAACUGUCACCUGCGAAGCCCCGGAUUCGUUGUCUGGCGUUAAAAAUACAACCUGAACUGAGGCCAAGUCAACGAGAGAAGCUUUGCUAUGACCCCCACCCCGUACAUACGGAGAUGAAUCCACAGAGCGGCCCAUCUGUAUCUCUGCCAUACCACAAUGCUAAUCAUCACAUAUCACUCUCAUCUUGAUUAUGUGUUUACUGAGAAGCUUGAGAGCAAAAAGCUUUAGGUUGUGUGUGUAUUUAUGUGUCUGUGUGGGCGAUGUGUGUGUGUGUGUGUGUGUGUGUGUGUGUGUG